CUCAUUUCUUACUAGCUGGAGGUGGUCCUGAAGAGGUGAAGGCAGCGAACUGAAGCAAUCAUUUCAUCUACAGAUGACAUGCACCUUACAUGGUCCUUAAAGGGAAGAGUGACCUAUUUCUUGCCCCGGCUGCUCUUGCGACCAAUAGGGCAAAAUGGCACGGGAUAUGUCUGAUAAGGAUAUCCUGAAAAUGGAGCUUGAUCAGCUUCAGAAGGAAGUGAAGAACACUAGAGAGCCAGUCUCCAAAACGGCAAAGGAGAUUUGUGAGUGGGUGGAGGGCCAAUCUGCAGAAGAUCCCCUCAUAAAGGGAGUUCCUGAGGACAAAAACCCCUUUAAGGAGAAGGGUGGAUGCAUUAUAACUUAGCAUCCAACCAAUAACUUAUGUGAUUUCUUGUGGAAACAGUAGAUGAUGACUUUAUUUCCCCAUUUGCUAUAUAAUGACUGAUAAUUAGCAAUGUGGUUUUUGCAACUUGUAAAUGAGUAUUCAUCAGUAAGCUUUCGGAUUGUGAUGGGCUGCCCUUACUUUAAAAUACGAAGCUGUUUGACUGUCUGUUUAAUUUUUUCCAUAAAUCAAGAAUUCAAAGAUUUAAUGAUAUUUUCUGAAAAUAAAGAAACUAAUGUUCAAUACUUGUGUAAAUAAGCCAGGUCAGCAUUCAAUUUAGCAUGGAAAUAAUUAAUGAUAUGUAUAAAAAUUAGAUAUG